GCGGUGGAGUCACCAUCCCGGAGGUGUUAAAGAGGCGGCCGGACCCGGCACUGGGCGAUGUGGUUUAGCGGUAACGGCGGUGCUGCAGGGUGGGCGGCUGGACCGGACCAUCCCCAACCUCGGUGAUUCCUUAAUUCCAUCACCCUACGAUUCCAAGAAGUCCGUUGAGGAAAAUUCUCCAUGAAUGUACGUCACAAUGAUGAUGACCGACCAAAUCCCGCUGGAGCUGCCGCCGCUGCUGAACGGGGAGGUGGCCAUGAUGCCUCACAUGGUGAAUGGCGAUGGGUCACAGCAGGUCUUUUUGGUUCAAGUUAAUCCAGGUGAAACCUUUACAAUAAGGGCUGAGGAUGGAACCCUCCAGUGCAUCCAAGGACCGGCAGAGGUUCCCAUGAUGUCACCCAAUGGAUCCAUUCCCCCUAUUCAUGUGCCUCCUGGUUAUAUCUCACAGGUGAUAGAAGACAGCACGGGCGUGCGGAGGGUGGUGGUGACGCCGCAGUCGCCGGAGUGUUUCCCUCCCAGCUACCCCUCGGCCAUCUCGCCCACCCAUCACCUGCCCCCCUACCUGACACACCAUCCCCACUUCAUCCACAACUCCCACACGGCCUUUUACCCUCCUGUCACUGGACCUGGGGACAUGCCACCACAGUUUUUCCCGCAGCAUCAUCUUCCCCCAACAAUAUAUGGAGAGCAAGAAAUCAUACCACUAUACGGGAUGUCCAGCUACAUCACCAGGGAAGAUCAGUACAGCAAACCACAGCACAAAAAGCUCAAGGACAGGCAGAUUGACCGCCAGAACCGCCUGAACAGCCCUCCCUCCUCCAUCUACAAGAGCCAUAUAGGCAGCUGCACCACGGUGUACAAUGGCUAUGCCAAGAGCCACAACGGGGCCAGCAGCGGCGGAGCCCCAGCCCUGAAGAAACCCGAGCGCAGAGCAAGGAGCAGCCCAAAGUCAAAUGAGCAAGACCCACACGAAUUUGAUUCAGAAACAAAAAGGGUUCAAGACAUUCUUUCUGGAAUGGAGAAACCACAGGUUAACAAUAUUCAAGCAAGAACAGUUUUGCUUUCCUGGUCACCUCCCCCUGGCCUUCUCAAUGCAGAUAGACACAACAAUGGUUUGCCUUACACCUGUACCUACGAGGUUGCCUUAUCAGAUAAAGGGAGGGAUGGAAAAUACAAGACCAUUUACAGUGGAGAAGAAUUAGAAUAUCACCUGAAGGACCUUAGGCCAGCAACAGAUUAUCACGUCAGGGUAUAUGCAACGUACAACUCAGUAAAGGGAUCCUGCUCAGAGCCUGUAAGCUUCACCACUCACAGCUCAGCACCAGAGUGUCCCUUCCCACCAAAACCCUCGCACAGGACCAAAAGCUCCCUAACCCUACAGUGGAAGGCACCCAUUGAUAAUGGUUCAAAAAUCACCAGCUACCUUCUGGAGUGGGAUGAGGGAAAGAGGAACAGUGGUUUCAGAGAAUGUUACUUUGGGAGCCAGAAGCAUUGCAAGCUGACCAAGCUGUGCCCAGCUCUGGGUUACACCUUCCGGCUGGCGGCCCAGAACGACAUCGGUACGAGUGGGUACAGCCAGGAGGUGGUUUGCUACACUGCAGGCAAUAUUCCUCAGACCCCUUCUGCACCACGGCUCAUUCGAGCUGGUGUGACGUGGGUCUCAUUGCAGUGGAAUAAAGUAGAAGGAUGCACACCCGAGGAAGUGAUUUCCUACACCCUGGAAAUUCAGGAAGAGGAUAAUGAUAGCAUGUUUCACCCAAAGUACACUGGAGAGGAGCAAGCCUGUACUGUGAAGAAUCUCAGAAGAAGCACACAGUAUAAAUUCAGGCUGUUCGCUUCCAACGUGGAAGGGAAGAGUUCUCCCAGUGAAGUGUUGGUCUGCACAACCAGCCCAGACAGGCCAGGACCUCCAACCAGACCCGUGAUCAAGGGGCCAAUAACAUCUCAUGGCUUUAGUGUGAAGUGGGAUCCUCCACAGGAUAAUGGUGGUUCAGAAAUCCUAAAGUAUCUGCUGGAGAUUUCUCAAGGAAGUCCAGAAGCAAAUCAGUGGGAAGUGGCCUAUAGUGGCUCAGCUACAGAAUACACCUGUACUCACUUGAAACCAGGCACUUUGUAUAAACUCCGGGCAUGCUGUAUCAGCACUGGUGGACACAGUCAGUGCUCUGAGAGUUUACCUGUCCGUACGCUGAGCGUGGCGCCGGGUCCCUGCCGCCCGCCCCGGCUCCUGGGCAAGCCGAGGCACAGGGAGCUGCAGCUGCAGUGGGAUGCCCCUCAGUCAGAAAGCGGCUGCCCCGUCUCUGAGUACAGUGUGGAGAUGACAGCCCCUGAGGAAGUGGUUUCUGAGGUGUACCACGGGCCUGAGCUGGAGUGCACCGUGGGCAGCCUCUUGCCCGGGGCCACCUACGGCUUCCGCGUGCGCGCCCUGAACGACGGCGGGUACGGGCCGUACUCAGAGGCGACAGAGGUGACCACAGCAGCAGGACCCCCAGGCCAGUGCAGAGCACCUUCCCUGUCCUUCCUGUCCGACACACGAGUCCUGGUCAGCUGGGAGAGUCCUGAAUGUUCUGGUACUGACAUCUCUGAAUACAGAUUAGAGUGGGGAGAAGAGGAGGAAUCUCUACAGCUUGCAUAUAGUGGCACAGAAACCUGCUUUGAAGUCAGUGACUUGUUGGCAGCAGCGCAUUACUGCUGCAGGCUACAGGCCAUCAACCAGGCUGGAGCUGGACCCUACAGCGAGCUGGUGACCUGCAGAAUCCCCGCCUCCGUGCCUGACGCCGUCCCCAGCCUGUGGGUGCUGGAGGACGAGCACGUGGGUGCCUGCCAGCCCUCACCCUCCGUGUGCCUUGCCCUGGGCUGGGAAGAGCCAAGCAAUAACGGGGCCGAGAUCACAUCCUACAACAUCGAGCUGGGCGAGCUCAGCGUCGCCGUGGGGAACGUGACGAGCCACGUCGUCGAGGGCUUGCUGCCCGAGACCUCGUACCGGAUCAGGAUCCAGGCUGUCAAUGAAAUUGGAGCUGGACCUUUUAGCCACUUUAUUAAAGCAAAAACCAGGCCAUUACCACCCUUACCUCCACGGCUGGAGUGUGCUGCAGCAGGGCCUCAGAGCCUGAAGCUGAAGUGGGGAGACAGCAGCUCCAAGCUUCACUCUGCUGAUGACAUGGUCUAUAUCUUGCAGAUAGAAGACAGAAAUAAAAGGUUUAUCCCAAUUUAUAGGGGACCAAGUCACACGUACAAGAUCCAGAGGCUGACAGAAUCCACCUGCUACUCCUUCAGAAUACAGGCAGUCAAUGAUGCUGGGGAGGGACCUUUCUCAGAAAUCUCUACCUUCUGCACAACUAAGUCAGUCCCACCUGCAAUCAAAGCCCCUCGAGUGACACAGCUGGGAGGAAACUCCUGUGAAGUUACCUGGGAAAUGGUCCCACCCAUGAAGGGAGAUCCUGUUGGUUAUGUUCUGCAGGUACUGGUUGGAAGAGAAUCUGAAUACAAGCAGGUGUACAAGGGAGAAGAAGCCGCGUUCCAGAUCUCGGGGCUGCAGGUGAGCACGGACUAUCGGUUCCGCGUGUGCGCCUGCCGCCGCUGCGGGGCCACGGGCCAGGAGCUGAGCGGCCCCUUCAGCCCCUCGGCGGCCUUCGCGCUGCGGCGGGGGGCGGCUGACCCC